AUGCAAAAAGCACCAUCAGCCUUUUAUAUGGUUGUGCAGUGGUGGAAGGUCAAGAUUGGAUCACAAAAAGAUGCUUCUAAGGGAGCAGGCAAAGCAAGUUCUAGUGGUCAUAGGAGAAAUCCAGACUUCUCCAGGCAAAACAGGCAUGGCUUCUCUAGAAACAGGCACAGGCAAAAUGGAGAGAGAGAGCGCUUUGAUAACCUCAAUGAAUCUGAUGCGUUAUCAUCGAAAAAUGGACCAUUACUCUCCCUCUACAAUACCCCAAAGUUCCAUGCAACUGCAGCCCCUGGACCUAGGGAGAAGGAGAUAGUUGAGCUGUUCAGGAAGGUUCAGGCUCAGCUUCGAAAGAGCAAGCAAAGUAGAAAAGAAGAUUGA